GAACUUGUUGUCGCGCGUGGCUUUGAUCUCCAUCGCCAAGUUCUCCUCCGCCACCACCGCGCACCCUCCAUCACGCGCCCAGCUACGGGUUGCCUUAAGUUCGAUAAUAUGGGUAGCCAGAAACGCAUAGCUAAGGAGCUGACCGAGCUCGUCGAGUCGCCUCCUGAGGGCAUCACUGUCGAAUUGGUCGACGAGGCCAACCUGUACGAGUGGAAAGUGUUCAUGGAUGGGCCCGAAGGAUCGCCAUACCAAGACGGCCGCUUCCUAGUCAAGCUCAGCCUGCCUACCGAAUACCCCUUCAAACCGCCUACCGUCUCCUUUGGAACGAAGAUCUACCACCCAAAUGUCACAAAUGAUGAAAAGGGGAGCAUGUGUUUAGGAAUGCUACGGGCGGAUGAGUGGAAGCCCAGCUCGAAGAUCGCAGCUGUCCUACAAUUCGCACGUCAGCUGCUUGCGGAGCCGAUGCCUGACGACGCUAUUGAAGGGCGGAUCGCAGAGCAAUACAGAAACGACCGAAAGCGCUACGACGAGAUCGCGCGGGAGUGGACCCGGAAAUGGGCCGUAUCUGAGUAG